UUUGAAAGAAUAUCACCCAACGGCGUGUCGUUGUGCGUGGUUCCAAGCGCGCACCGGGCGCCCCAUCUUCCUUCCUCAUCGGCGCUCUGGUUCGCGUUACGAAAUAUGUCCACGGACUGUCUACGCAAUUCUGUGAUUUGACCUGCAACGGCUCUCUCUAGACUCAUAGACUUUCUCUCUCUAGAUUUCCCUCCACCGAGCUUUUAUCGUUUCGCGGCGAGUUUCUUCUGCGGGUUCUUAUAUCAGCGGCGGAGCUUUCUUCGCAUUCUCCGUGCAAGGCCGCAAGGGGAGGCUUUGACGGAGGCGAAGUGCAUUGCCGGUAUUUGCGAGGAGAGCUUAUCAGAGAGGCCCCUCCCGCGGAGUCAAAAUUUGCAGUUGUUUGGCACUUAUUCUUUCUGUGUAUUACUUGGACAGCUUGGAAAUCGCUGCGUGGGCCAAACACAGCUUACAGAGAAAUGGAUGGUGAAUACAGUAAUGAUUUUGACUGGAAUACUGAUGAUGAGCUGGAAAUUGAGAACUUUACGUUGUCUACUUCAAGUUUGACAGUUGGUGGAGAAGCUAUUGUGAUAUCUGGGGAGGGGAGCUCAUCUGCCGGUCCCUCCAAUACCAAAGUUCUUAAUCACUUUGUGGGGAUGGGAUUUUCUGAAAAGAUGGUUGUCAAAGCAAUUCAGGAACAUGGAGAAGAAAACACAGAUUCAAUUCUGGAAACCCUCCUCACAUAUUCAGCUCUUGAGAGUUCCCCUGAAGAACAGCAGGAAGUAGAAACGCCGCAGGAAGUAGAAACACUGCAGGAAGUAGAAACACCACAGGAAGUAGAACCACAUGAAGUUGAUUCUGAUGGCUUCUCUCUCGAUGAUUAUGAUGAGAGCUUUCUGGAUGAUUUUUCAGACUUGGAUGGCUUUUCUGAUACCGAGGAAAUUAUAAAUCCUACAUCGGAGAAAGGGAAGAUACAGACCUUGGUCAAUAUGGGUUACACAAGGGAGGAGGCCUUAAUAGCAAUUGAAAGAUGUGGUACAGACUCCACUGUUGCUGAGUUGACUGAUUUUAUAUGUGCUGCUCAAAUGGCACGGACAGAAGAUGUCUUUUUUGCGGUUGAAGAGAAGCCUAGAUCACAUCUAGACAAGAAGAGGAAACUUCUUGAGUUUGAGAUGCUAAAGAAGAAAAAGAAGCAGAUGCGGCUUGGUGGAAACCAAGGGGAUGAUGAUGAGACAGUUCAUCUCCCAAAUCCAAUGGUUGGGUUUGGCACCCCAAGUGAUCCAUAUGUGCUGACACAUAGGACUCUUCCAGAGGCAGCUGUAGGACCUCCAUACUUCUACUAUGAGAAUGUCGCACUAGCUCCUAAAGGGGUUUGGACCACCAUCUCCCGCUUCCUGUAUGAUGUGCAGCCGGAGUUUGUGGACUCAAAGUACUUUUGUGCUGCUGCAAGGAAGAGAGGUUAUGUUCACAAUCUCCCAAUCCAGAACAGGUUUCCUCUCAUGCCACAGCCCCCAGACGCCAUAUCCAAGGCAUUUCCCUUGACAAGGAAAUGGUGGCCUUCUUGGGACAAGCGAGAAAAGCUAAACUGCUUGCAAACGUGUAUUGCGAGUGCCAAGUUGACUGAGAGGAUCAGGAAGGCUCUUGAGCAAUAUGAUGGGGAACCACCAGAGCGAGUCCAGAAGUAUGUCCUUGAUGAAUGCCGCAAGUGGAAUCUGGUGUGGGUAGGGAGAAACAAGGUCGCCCCACUCGAGCCUGAUGAGGUGGAGAUGCUUUUGGGAUUCCCAAAGAACCAUACAAGGGGAAUAAGCCGGACUGACAGAUACAAGUCACUUGGGAACUCCUUCCAGGUUGACACUGUGGCAUAUCAUCUGUCUGUGCUCAAGGAUAUGUUUCCCAGUGGCAUCAACGUCCUCUCCCUCUUUUCUGGCAUUGGUGGAGCUGAAGUGGCCCUUCACCGGCUUGGUGUCCCUCUGAAGAACGUUGUCUCCGUAGAGAUCUCAGAAGUGAACAGAAACGUUGUGAGCAGUUGGUGGGAGCAAACCAACCAGAAGGGGAGGUUGCAGCACCUUGUUGACGUGCAGCAGCUGAAUGGUGAUUGCCUUGAGCAGUACAUGAGCGAGUUCGGUGGAUUUGAUCUGGUGGUUGGUGGGAGUCCAUGCAACAAUCUAGCAGGCAGCAACCGGCACCAUCGUGAUGGACUGGAGGGUAAGGAGUCUUCCCUUUUUUACGACUACUUCCGGAUAUUGGACUUAGUUAAGAGCAUGAUGGGAAGAAACAAUUGAUUCGAUUCAAUUUCCUGGUUACUUGUGGUAAUAAACAACAACCAAGUCUUAUCCCACUAAGUGCGGUCGGCUGGUUACUUGUGGUAAUCCGAUUCUAUUUAAUCCCCCUGUGCAAAAGUUUUGACUUUUGUUCACGAGGAACAAACAAUUGUACUAAUUGGAGUUUCGAACCUGCUUAUAAAUGAGGUUUUAGUUAGUGCUCA